AUGGCGAUGAGUCUUUCCUCUCUUUAUCUAUCCUUCUUCGCUGCUUUCGACGUAGUGCUAGCAACUAGCCUCAACGUAACGGCUAUUGGCGCCAAGGAUGGCAGUUCCCGUUUUGAAUGCUGGGAGCUUGCCGCGCCGUUUGUCUCAUCCAGCCAAACGGGUAUUGCCGGAUCGCAGACUACGUUUUUAGGAGAUGUUAGUAACAUUACGUAUAACGUGAUCCCGGCGGGUUUUGACAGCGGAGUUCAUAAUACACCUAGAAACCAAUGGAUUAUUGUCCUUAACGGACUAGCGGUUAUAACACUACCGGACAAUAGCUCCGUCACUGUCGCGACGUCGCCGGGAGAGAUGGGUCUGUUAUUUGCCGCAGAUACUCCGGAGGUCAGCCGCGAGGGUCAUGGCAACUAUUUCCCGGGUGUCUCGGAGACCAUCUUUCUGCAGGUCCCAACGAAGGACGGCGCGAUUCCGGAGCAUAAGGUACUGAACGAUGAUGGCCCUUGUACUCCAAACAAGUAUACGGCGCUCAGGGGGUGGGCGACUGGUUAG